GCAUAUUGUAUAUACACACCGCAUAGUGUCGAAUAUCUCAACUCUAUGCGUUUAUUGCAGCGGAUCACCUGAAUUUUUGUAUAUUUUCUACAUUAGCUGUAACAUUAGAUGUUUUGUACAUUACUAGGAAUAUUGUUAUGAACGCGUUUUUGUAGAUCUAGUUGCUCUGUUAAUUCACCAGUAGACUCAAUCUGGUAACUUAUAUUAUCCCCGGGGUUACAUUUAUAAUUGGUCUAGCAAUCGUGGAAAUGCAGAAUUGCUAUGUUUAGCUUCUGCAUUUUCUGUCGUAGAGACUAUGUCUGGUGAUUAUUAUAUAUAACCGACAAUGCAAAACAACCCUAACAACUCGGUGCCUAUGUACACAAACGGUGUUCAAUCAUGGAGGUCAUCGCAAGAGAGGGGAGGUGCCAAUGUAUCUCACUAUGGUACCAUGGACCAUGAGAUGGCAGGCCACCAGCGUCAGCAGAGGAUUCCCACGGGUUCAUAUGGCGCUCCUCAGCAUCCUAGCACUCUUCAGGUCUACCCAGGUGAUGGGAGGCACUACUAUGUACCAAUGGGAAUGCAGCAGGCUCAGCCGAUGAUGGCCGUAUAUCCAGUCAAUCAAAUGAUGGAUGACUACAACCCUGGAUUAAUGGAGUCGCAUAUGUCCGGUAUGCAAUAUGGCGCUCAGCGGCAACACAUGGACUCGCAGAUGAUGUCGCCAUACAGCCAACAGGGCUACAUGAUGCAGUGCCAGCAGAUGGUUAACGUGCCCGGCACCCAUUACGCUGUUGACGACGGCAACCCAAGGAUGCACCGAAGCCAGGCAGGUAAUACAGCGGAACCACCAAUGCGCGUACCACAUCCUGAUAUGAUGUAUGCCAAUGUUGGCGUUCCGCAAGAUCGGGUUGCCAUGAUGUCAGUUGUUCAGGAACAGCCUGCAGCUAUGGUGGCCCACAACCCUAUGGUCCAGCAGUCAAAUGGCUAUGCAACCGUAAGGAACGUACCAUACUCCGAUGGCCACAUGAUGGCGUCGCCAAUGGAUAUGGCAACAGAUGGGCACAUGAGCGUUAGAGACACAGUUCCACCGCAGUACUCCCAAUCUGCUCGACACUACUCCGCAUCGCAACAAGGUCAAACUAUGGUUAACCUAGUGUCAUCUAGGCAUAACAUGCCACAACCAAUGGGUGCUCCAGGUCCCAUGGCAGUUCAAACUCCACUGCAGGAAAUGCAAUAUAUGCCCAUGACUAAUGUUGACCACGUAUCUAGCAGGGAUGCCGGAGUACCGAAUCAUAUGGCUAAAGCGACAAUGGACCUAAAAUCCCAAGACUCAAUGCCCGGUUACGCCACGAUGCCCAGCUAUGGCACUAAAAUGGCACAUAGUCCGCAGCAAACCAUACCUAACCAAGAUGACACCCUACACUCUAGCUGGGUUUUGAAUAAUAAAAAGGAUGUAGUGGGCAAUAACCUGAAUAAAACAGUGCCCUCCAUAGAGUUGCCAAAAUCACCAUCUAUAAAAAGAAGGCCAUUAUUUAAUAUCCAUAAAAAUUGGAACAUAUUCGACUCAUCGCAGAGGAUAUACUUCGAGAUGGCAAUUACCGAACAGGGCUACCAUAACAUGUGCCUGUUCAUGGAUAACCUGGGUUAUACUGACCAGGUAAAGGAGUCGCCGUCAACACCGCUAACGGAUCUCUUCUCAAGAAGUGAUAUUGAAUUCCUAAGACACCCCAAAAUGGAUAUCAAGCGCACUGUAAUAAAGGAAACUGUGGUUGACACUAUAAUAGAAAAGUUGCGUAAAUAUGAGAUAUUCCUGCUGGAAAAGGACGAAGGGGUCACGAUGAUACAAAGGAACUACCCCAAACGUGAUAGCAUAGUCUAUACAUUGAACGAUGGCUACGAAAUCGAUACCAUCGUGGGCUCAACCGUACUUGACCAGAUAUGCUUUAUCAUAUACCACAAAACGCUGUGUGACAUCAACCCUACCUUUCUUUGUGGUAGCGAGCCUAGACGUUUCAACGUCGCAUUUGAAAAGUCUUACGAUGUAUAUUUAAACAGGCAAAAUCGCUUCAUGCGGAUACUGGUCAGGAGGGUCAACGACAUCGAUAUCAACCUAUUCCGCAUUUCAUUCGGCGCACGUGUAAACGACGCCAUUGAUAUGAUACUAGACUUAUUCAAACCAUAACAAAAUGUAGUAAUAUCAAU